AUGAUCCCCGCCGCUUCCCCAGGUCAAGAGACAUCAGUGCGCCAGGAGUGCAAGAAGCUCAGCUUUCAAGCACUCCAGACCGCACAUUCCGGCAAUCACUGCGCGGCCGAACAACUCUACCUACGUAUCGUUCGAACGAAAACAUGCGUUUUCGGGGCUCAAUCGGUAGAAACGGCUGCCUCUCACAAUGCGUUGGGCGAACUCUACGUGAAGAUGAAUCGUCUAGCUGAAGCCGAGUCUGAAUUUAUGACCGCAGUUGGCAUCAGAAGUCGUGCUGGGCCAGACCAUGUAUUCGACGCUGCUGUAUCGCGCGAGAAUCUUGCCCAAGUCUACGAAAUGACUCGACGCAUACUCGCCGCGAAGAAUAUGCGGCUUCUUGGUGCACCAAAUAAGAUAUUAUGUGCCUACUAUUAUUGCCCCCGCGCAGUGCUGAGCAUUGGGCAGCUCUCGACGUGUGGGCAAUGCAAGGCUGUCUUCUACUGUUCCGAUGUUUGUCAGCUCAAGGAUUGGAAGCCUCGGCACAAGAGAUUCUGCAAGGCGAUGUAG